AUGGGGCGCCCCCGGGCUCUGCCCCUCGCGGGGCUGCUGCUGCUGGGGCUCUGCGGCGCCCCGGUGCUGCCCCCUGCCGGGGCCUGGACGGGAUCCCCGGAGCAGGUCACUCCCCUGAUCACGCUGGAGCAGCUGCUGUGGGUGAGCGGGAGGGAGAUUGGAGAGGUGGAUACGUACAGGGUCCCCCUCAUCGCUGCGACGCCCCGCGGCUCCCUCCUGGCCUUCGCUGAAGCCCGGAAAUCCUCCCCGUCGGACUCGGGGGCCAAAUUCAUCGCCCUGCGGCGCUCCACUGACGGAGGUGCAACGUGGUCCCCCAGCUCGUUCAUCGUGGACGACGGGACACGGGUGGACGGGCUGAACCUGGGGGCCGUGGCCGUGGACCGGGCGAACGGCUCCGUGUUCCUGUUCUACGCGCUCUGCAUCCACCAGCCGCAGCCCUGCGUCUCCAGCACGAUGCUCAUUCGCAGCCGGGACGACGGCCGAUCCUGGAGCCGCCCCCGCAACCUCUCCCAGGAGAUCGGCCUGGACAGGUUUGCCCCGGGGCCCGGGCUCGGCAUCCAGAAACGCUACGAGCCCCGCAGGGGGCGGCUGAUCGUCUGUGGCCACAGGACGCUGGACCUGGACGGGAUCUACUGCCUGCUGAGCGACGACCACGGCGAGAACUGGCGCCUCGGGGGGGCCCUGCGCGGGAUCCCCUACGGGCGCCCCAAGUUAGCCCACGACUUCAACCCCGACGAGUGCCAGCCCUACGAGCUGCCGGACGGGUCGCUGGUGAUCAACGCCCGGAACCAGAACUUCUACCACUGCCCCUGCCGCAUCCUGGCCUGGAGCUGGGAUGCCGGCGAGACCCUCCCCCCCGAGGCCGUGACCUUUGACCCCACCCUGGUGGACCCCGCCGUGGCGGCCGGAGCCGUGGUCACUGGGGGCCUGGUCUUCUUCAGCAACCCGGCCAACGACACCCACCGCGUGAACCUGACCCUGCGCUGGACUUCGGCCAAGGGCAUCUCCUCGUGGCAGCGCCCCCUGCAGGUCUGGGCGGGGCCCAGCGGCUACUCCUCCCUAGAUGUCAUGGAGCCCUGGGAUGCCCCCGGGGAGCCCCCCACCCUCUACCUCAUCUACGAGAAGGGGCGGCACCAGUCCAUCGAGAGCAUCUCAUUGGUCAAGAUCAGCCUCUCUGGGAGCCUCUGA